AUGUUACUCGUGUCCGCACAAGACCAAAUGUUUUCCAAGUUAAACCCGCUCAAUUACUAUCGCAAGGGCAAAAAGACAUCGUCUCCAUCUCCCAAAGACCAAGCUCUGCAUCAAGCUCUGAAUCCAUGGUUCCUCAAGAUGUGGAAACGUACCCCCAGCGAGUCGUCUAUGGGAGAACACAGACGUAAUACCGUGGUUAGCCGUUCUCAGUUGAAGAAGUCAAGGAUUGCCGCAUCUCAGGCCAUGGCCGUGCCAUCGGUGGCAGUAAGUCAAGUGCCGAGGAGAGAGCAAAUUGCCAGUCACGACGACGACAUUCAGCCGUACGCCGCAGGAAACGGAGAAUUACUAAGUCCCGAAUAUUUCGUGGAUGUCAACUUGCGCUAUACAAACACUAACACAACCAGCAUGUAUAGCAGCCGAGAGUCGAUCCUAGACGAAUCUGUGAGGUCUUGA